AUGUCUACAGUUUUGAACGUCGGUAUCGUUGGUACAGGUAUUUUUGCCAGAGACAGACAUCUUCCCUCUUACCAGGAGAUGCCCUCUGAAUUUAAAGUUGUUGCAGCUUUCAAUAGAACCAAGAGCAAGGCAUUGGAUUUUGCGAAAGUUGCUGGAGUGUCGGAGGAUAAGGUUUAUGAUGAUUUAGAUGGUAUAUUGAAUGAUAAAGAUGUCUCUUAUGUCGAUGCUCUAUUGCCGGCGCAAUUCAAUUUAGCUACUGCUCAGAAAGCUAUUGCUGCUGGUAAGCCAAUCCUAAUGGAAAAGCCUAUUGCUGCUACUAUGGAACAAGCUCGUGGACUUGUGAAGCUUUCCGAUUCUACCGAUUUGCCAAUCGGUAUUGCUGAGAACUGGUUGUAUCUCAGUGUCAUUGACAUUGCAAAGAAACACCUUGCUAGAAUUGGACCAAUUGUUGGCUUUACACAUAAUUCCACUGGUCCAUUUGUUACGCAAAAUAAGUACCUGGCUACUACCUGGAGAAAAACUCCCGAGCACAUUGGUGGGUUCCUGUCGGAUGGUGGUGUUCAUCAAUUGGCUCUUGUAACAGAUCUAGUCGGUAACUUUGAUACUGUCUCUGCCCAAACUAAGCAAGUUCGUAAAGAAUCUGGUACUGAUGACAUUGUUUUCUCCACUGUCAAGAUUGUUGACAGCGAUGUCAUUGGUACUUUCACCUACGGUUCUGCAUUUGGCGCCACAGAUAAGUCGGUUUACUUGAAAAUCUAUGGAUUGAACGGUUCCGUUUUAAUCCAGCUAUCUGACAGGAAGAAACCAUACGUGAGGGUUCAAGUCGGUGGUUCUGCAGAGACUGCUGGAAAAGAAGAGAUUUAUCCCGUUGAGGCUGAGGACUCAUUUGGUGUUAACGAGGAGUUCAAGAGCUUUCACGAAGCAGUUUCCAACAAGGACAAGUCUUUAUACAAGGGUAGUCCAAGAGUUGCCUUCCAUCACCUUGCCUGCGUGGCCGCUUUUUUGGAAUCUUCUUCUAAGAGCGGUGACAAUGUCAAAGUUGAAAGAAUAUAA